AAAAAGGAUUAUCGUUUUCUUGUUUUUGAUAAACCCUUUUCCAUUUAUUGUUGCAGAGAACAAAAGGUUUUACAAAAAAAAAAUACACACUCAGAGCUACUAGAUGCUCACUGAUUAUCACUUGUGACGGCUGUUAAAGGAGAUAAAAUCAAGUCAAGGACAAGGUCGAAGCCUUGAAGGCUAUAGUAUUCUUCAGGUAGCAAUAAUGGUGGAAUGGUGGUGGUCUGUUCUUGGAGCUGCAGUACCAGCUGUAAUGGCAGGGCAAGCUUUCAGGACGAAAAAAAGGAGAGAUGAGGAGGAGAGGUCAAACAGGGCCAGAGGUCGUGAGAAGAACUCCGAUGAUAUCUUUGUUUGUGAAAGAGUGUGUACUUCAAACAGGAUGCUGAAGAAGGUUGGUGCAUUUUCUAAAGACCCGACACCUGAUACUUGUGUUACUGUUUGUGGUGUUUCUGAGCUCGAUGCUUGUGCUGAUGCGUGUGCUCGGACUGUUUGUGUUAACCAGCACCAAGUACCUAACUGGAAUGAUAUCUGUCUUAAGAGGUGUCAAAGUGAGUGUCUUAGGCUCUCACAAUCUUCUGUAGUGUCUUCUUAGCACAUUGCUCUCAACAUUUUGCUUCCACCAUUUCAACAAUUCUGGUUCUAUUGACAAUCUUAUCAAGUUGAUGAAUACUAUUUAUGGGUAUCUAUUUCGACUAUUCA